CUUUAUCACGUUAUCCAUACGACGGUGUGCAUUAUACUCAGUUGUACGUGUUAAAAUGGUACAUCGAACCGUUGUAUUAUUAACUUUAGUUACCAUCACGUGGCAGAUUAAUUUUGACAAAACUAUCAUAGCCGUGCAUUUUCCUCAUUAUAAAAUUCUGCUGUCGCUGGGAGAUUGCAAAAAUCGAGUACUUUAUUCCGAACAACAAGUCUGGCCCACUGUCAAAUUGAACAGAGUUUUGGACAUAUACUACAAAAGUAACGACAGUUCUCUGGUUUCCAGAGUAGAAAUACGUUUAAUAGUCAACAAUACUGAAUUUGCGGCUCUAGCCUACAAUGAUGUAGGAUCAAAAGAAUUUAGCGCUAAUAUUUUAUUUCCAAUACAUGGCAGUGCAACGUUCUAUAAGCUGGACAUUUUUACGUGUACUCCUACAAUACAAAAAUAUAAAGACGAAACGAAAGAACAGCUGGAUACACUGGAAGAUAUAGAAAGUUUACCGAAAAUGCCGUUCUACAUCAAGAAAAAGCCUGAAUUUCGUUAUCAGUCUCUCUAG